CGCCCGUGGAGCCUUCCAGAAGUCGCCAGCAGACCCGUGCGGCGAGAAGCUCAGCAACACUCCAGAUUUACAUCAUUUAAACUCAUUAUUUUAGGUGUUGAACGCUUACUGCGUGUCUUAAACCCUCGGUCAACAUGUCCACUUUGGGGACACUAGCUUUUGAUGAGUAUGGGAGGCCUUUCAUCAUCAUUAAAGACCAGGACAAGAAGACACGGUUAACGGGCAUUGACGCAUUGAAGUCUCAUAUCAUGGCAGCCAAGGCAGUCGCGUCAACGCUUAAAACAUCUUUGGGACCAAAUGGUCUGGACAAGAUGAUGGUGGACAGGGAUGGCGAGGUUACUGUCACCAACGAUGGAGCCACUAUUCUCAGCAUGAUGGAUGUGGAUCACCAGAUUGCCAAGCUGAUGGUGGAGCUAUCCAAGUCCCAGGAUGAUGAGAUUGGUGAUGGAACCACUGGAGUUGUUGUGCUGGCUGGGGCUCUGCUUGAGCAGGCUGAGCAGCUGCUGGAUCGUGGAAUCCACCCCAUCAGGAUCUCCGAUGGUUAUGACCAAGCCGCACGCAUUGCCAUCGAGCAGCUGGACAAAAUUGCGGAAACCUUCCCCUGCGAUCCCAACAACACAGAACCCCUCAUUCAGACAGCCAUGACAACACUGGGCUCCAAAGUUAUCAACCGGUGCCACAGACAGAUGGCAGAGAUUGCAGUGAAUGCCAUCCUCACUGUGGCCGACAUGGAGAGGAAGGAUGUGGACUUUGAGCUCAUCAAGAUGGAGGGCAAGGUGGGAGGAAAGCUGGAGGACACACAGCUCAUCAAGGGAGUCAUAGUUGACAAGGAGUUCAGCCACCCUCAGAUGCCCAAGGUUCUGAAAGAUGCUAAGAUUGCUAUCCUCACCUGCCCGUUUGAGCCACCUAAGCCCAAAACCAAACAUAAGUUGGAUGUGACCUCGGUGGAGGACUACAAAGCUCUCCAGAAAUAUGAAAAAGAGAAGUUUGAGGAGAUGAUCCAACAGGUCAAAAGCAAUGGUGCUAACUUGGCAAUCUGCCAGUGGGGCUUUGAUGAUGAAGCCAACCACCUUCUGUUGCAAAAUGAGCUGCCUGCUGUACGCUGGGUUGGAGGGCCAGAGAUUGAGUUGAUAGCAAUUGCCACAGGGGGUCGCAUUGUGCCUCGGUUCUGUGAGCUGACGCCAGAGAAACUUGGCACAGCUGGUGUGGUGAAAGAGAUCUCCUUCGGCACUACCAAGGAUCACAUGUUGGUUAUCCAGGAGUGCAAAAACACCAGGGCUGUGACCAUCUUCAUCCGUGGAGGCAACAAAAUGAUCAUUGAGGAGGCCAAGCGUGCUCUCCAUGAUGCUCUGUGUGUAAUUCGCAAUUUGGUCAGAGACAACCGUGUUGUGUAUGGAGGUGGAGCUUCAGAGAUUUCCUGUGCCCUGGCUGUCAACCAGGCUGCAGAUAAGUGCCCAUCAUUGGAACAGUAUGCCAUGAGGUCCUUUGCUGAUGCUCUAGAGGUGAUCCCCAUGGCACUGGCUGAGAACAGUGGGCUGAACCCUAUCCAGACCAUGACAGAGGUCAGAGCCAGACAAGUCAGAGAGACCAACCCCUUCCUUGGCAUUGACUGUUUGCACAACAACACCAAUGACAUGAAGCAGCAACACGUGAUCGAGACCCUGAUUGGCAAGAAGCAGCAGAUCUCGCUGGCUACUCAGGUAGUCAAGAUGAUCCUGAAGAUAGACGACAUCCGAAGCCCAGGAGAGACAGAGGACUGAAGCCCUUCUGAACGCAAGAAAGCUCGGGUGUGCUCUUAAACGCUUACAAAUAUCUAAGCCGUUUUAGAGUUUUGCAGCACUUCUCUGAGCAACAUGUCCAAACCGCACUGCAUAUUGCUAUUUAUGAUUUGGUACAAAAGUUCAACCUGUUGUGGUAUCAAAGUCACCAUUAAAGCGUUGGUCCGUCAAAAUUUC